AAGUCACUAGACUCCAUACUGUGUUUAAUUUACUGUAACUCACUUUGGUGUAUAAUAAUGUUGUUUUUUUUACAAAACAUAAGUCCAUCUCAACUACCUCAUACCCCUGCACAUUGACGCGGUACUCCUUUAUAUAGCCUCGUUGUUGUUUUUAUUGUGCUACUCUCUUUUUCUGAGUGCAAAUAUUUGUCUUACUUUUUAUGACUGUUGGGAUGGACUCGUAGUGAGCUCAAGCAGAAAAGAGAGAAGAAACAGCAUGAUGUCUCCUUUAGAAUUUUCUGAGCUGAGGAUUGUUCUGGUGGGGAAGACUGGAGCAGGGAAGAGUGCAUCAGGAAACACCAUCCUGGGGAGAACUGAGUUCAAAGUAGAUUUUGCUGCAGAGUCUGUGACCAAACAAUGUGAUAGGAGCAGUGAGAGGGGCAUUGCAGUCAUCGACACCCCUGGUCUGUUUGACACUCAACUCCCAGAGUCUUCAGUGAGGACCCAACUGGUGGAGUGCAUCGCCCUCUCCUCUCCUGGACCCCAUGUCUUCCUGCUUGUUGUUGCCCUCGGUCGUUUUACAGACGAAGACCACAUCGCUGUUGCAAGGAUCAGGAACAUCUUUGGAGAAGCAGCAGUGAGACACACCAUGAUUCUCUUCACCCAUGGAGACGCACUGGAGAAAAAGAAGAAAAGCAUUGAGGACUUUAUCCAGGCGGCUGGUGAAGGUCUGCAGCAGCUCAUUGAUACAUGUGGAAACAGAUACCACGUCUUCAACAAUGAGAACACAGACGACCGUGAGCAAGUAAAGCAGCUGAUGGAUAAAGUUACAGACAUGGUGAAAGAGAAUGAAGGGAGCUGUUACACCAACGACAUGUACCAGAAAGUCGAGAAAGCCAUCCAGAGGAGAGAGGAAGAACUGAAACGAGGGUAUGAAAAAGAACUGAAAGAGAAGGAAGAUCUGGAGUCAGAAUUAGAGCGAGCAAUGAAGGCACUGGAUCUGAAAGACUCUGAUUUACAAGUAAAACAGAAAGAGAUAGAUGACCUGCAGGGACAAGUGAAACAGAUAAGAGAGGACAAAGACUUGCUAAAAAAGAAGAAACGGAGUGUCCGAGAGAAAGCAGAAAAAGACUUUGACAAGAAAAAUAUUGUUGUUGAAUUCGCUAGAAAAUCUACUGAACGCUGUACCACACAAUGAUGUUCUACACAAACAUGUUGUAAAAGAGCAGAGCCUGUUGGCAUGGUGUCAUUAUGAAGGUAAUGAUUGACUUCCUAACUCUCACUCCUUGAUGUGGGCAGCCAUGUUAGGUUUGGACAGCCAUUUUACUAUCAAUGAUUAUACAUGGACUCUGCAAAUCCAACAGCAGCCAGCAUCUGAGCACCUAUGUUGCAUAUUAACCUAGAACAGUUCUAACAACUGUAAUAUCUGCCAGACAAAGACAGUGAUACAAAUAAUGAUUCUGUUGAUAGCUUUUUGCAUAAUGCUUGCUUACAUAAUGCAAUAUUAAUCUCAUGCUAAUGUAUAUUAUAUUCUAUGAUGAAUAUAUUUGUAUAGAAUGCUACAAAACCACAAAAGCAAUAUUUUCACAGCAUCAAUACAAUGUCCAUGAAAAUUAGCAGCCAUUGUUUACUUAAACAAUCAGGCACAAGGGGGUGUGGCCAAUAUACCAGGUUAAAGGCUGUUCUUAAGCGUGACACAACACAGAGUGCCUGGAUACAGCUCUUAGCUGUGGUAUAUUAGCCAUAUACCACAAACCCCAGAGGUGCCUUAUUGCUAGUAUACACUGGUUACCAAUGUAAUUAGAGCAGUAAAAACCAAUGUUUUGUCAUACCCGUGGUAUACGGUCUGAUAUACCCCAGCUGUCAGCCAAUCAGCAUUCAGGGCUCAAAGAACCCAAUAAAUCUAACUUAUAUUCAUGCUGUUAGUAGUAAUGCUAGAGGACAUUUCUGAACAUCCUAUCCUGUAAAUUGUGAGAGGAGAAAUCAGUUAAUAUGUGGUGUUCUCUAGCAUGGCUGAAGAGCUUGCCUGCCUUAAAGUGGUCCAGUUAAAAUGUAUUCAGGCCUCUUUCCCAGGUUAAUAGUAAAGGCAAGGCCAACUUUCACUCUCUUAUUCUCUAUCAGUCAGGGUUGGGAUCAAUCCAUUUCCAUUCUAGUCAAGUCAGGAAUUACACUGAAAUCAAUUUCUAUUCGAUGCCUUUCAAUAAGGAGAAUUACUAAAUUGGAAUUUGGAUUAUUUUCUGAAUUGACUGUAAUUUAUGAUGCAUGCAAAAUCUGAGCAGGGGAAAGCAACCUGAUUCUGCAUUCAUAGCCAAGUGGUAAGGUGGUAAUGAAUUACCAGUUGGAUACAUUCACGUGCUUUGAACUCGUUGAGAAAUGCCGAUUGGCAACAAGAUGCAUCGACUGUAAACUAAAAGCACAGCUAUCAAUCUUAUAAACAAAUGUUAGUGUUCAAAAACCAUAUUAAUAGAUUUAUUUGUAUAAAUAAUAUUUUGUUACAUGUAACUUCCAAAUGCUAAAGUAAAAAUGCUCUUAUUGAGGUCAUUUUCUUAGUAGGUGGUCAGAAGUCAGCUACUGCAGAGUCGAUAAAGUGGCAGGAAACCAUAGUUGAGCCAUGCAGCGUCUGAGCAGGGGAACAACUUCCUGCCCCUGUCACAAUUAACACGCCCACAAUUGAUACUGUUAGGGGGAGGAGAAAGACUCAAAGCACAGAGACUAGAAGAGGAAAUGACUGUUUAUACACCCUCUUGUAGAAACCAGCCAUCGUAGUGGAAGAGUCACAUGAUUUCAUCUAAAAUGUGUCUUCGUUAUAACUCCCUGCCCUCUAGACACAACUUUAUUUUUUAACUCAUAAUACAAGUAUGGUCACAGCAUUCACUGUGCAACAAUGUUCUUUCUCCUUUAGGUUUAUCCUUCCUGUUAUGCUGCCAUCUAUUUGAGUGUGAUUGAGCAGGCUAAGUCACAAUGCUUCAUAGAAAAUGUGUCUCUGCAUUAGAACUCCCUGCCCUCUAGACACUUUUGUGUUGACUUCAAAGUGUCAGUAAUGCAUCAAGUUUCUAAGUUGAUACAACGAGAGAAUAAAAGAACUGCUGUGCAUAGUGGAUAAUGAGGCUUUCUUUCAAUUAUGAGAACCAUGGUUUUGUGAGGUCCUACAGUAAGUAUUAGAUAAUACAGCAUUAACACAUGGAUGAAGUAAUUAAUUACAUUAUGUCCCAUAGGGAAAUGUACUUGACAAAUGCUUGAUGGCUGAAAUGUGUCCAUUGUGAGUGUUAAUAAUACAUCUAAGUAAUACUUUAUUAGCGAGUGUUAAUAAUACAUCUAAGUAAUACUUUAUUAGCGAGUGCGUCCCAUCUUUUUCAGGUGUCUGUAACUCCUGAUAAAAUAAUGUAACUCAAUACAACAACCUUUUCCAGUGAUCACAAAAAAAAGAAUAACAAUACAACUAAAUAUUUGUUCAUCAACCACCCAAGUGUCAUUCUUAAUGUAGGCUACAAUAACGGUAGAAUAUAUUUAUUUAGAUGUAUUAAGUUUAUAGGAACAGGGACAAUGUACGACAAAACAUGUCUCAGAAGUGAGAAGUGAUACGUUGCAACAGAUUUAGUUAACAUCUCAUUUACAUCUGCAGUCUUCCUGUCAACGUGCUUUGUGGUAACCACAAUACUUUCCAUCUCUCAUAUCUCAUGACUUGUUUCUACAGUAAGAUAACCAUAUAGAUAUCUUUCUCCAAGUGUUCUAUCCAGCUAAAUACAGUCUAUUGUCCGAUGUUCCCUUUGUAUACCUUAUAUCUCCAUCUCCCUAUGUCCUGUACUAGUUAGAUGAUAGCAUUGAAAGCAAUCAGUUAAAGAGAGAGUUCUUAGCUUUUUUAUUUCAGAUUGGCAAUGAAAACAAAAAAACAGGAAGGUAUUUUCAGUGGACCUUUAUUUUAUAGUGCCAUGAAAUAUCCAUGAAAUUAAUAGUAAUGGUUAAAUACUAAAUCUCCAUUCUUCAUGCUUCUGAGGCAGCAAUGGGAGCUGUGACUGCAACUGUAAAUUAAUAUUACAGUAGCAUAUAGCUUUUUAUCCUGACAAGCAGAAAUCAACUUUUCACUUUCACCUUUACUCAGGGAAAUAUACAAUUCUGCACUGUCAAAUGUGUGAUGAUAACCACAUCUAUGUUUAUGUUCAAGUAUUGAUUAAUAAAAUACAUUUCGAAUGAU